AUGGGAAAGACCAAAAACACAUCGCUGGACACUGUGGUGACAGAUUUCAUUCUUCUGGGCUUGUCUCACCCCCCGAAUCUAAGAAGCCUCCUCUUCCUGGUCUUCUCCAUCAUUUACAUCCUCACUCAAGUGGGGAACCUGCUCAUUCUGCUCACCGUGUGGGCUGAUGCGAAGCUCCAUGCUCGCCCCAUGUACAUUCUUCUGGGAGUGCUCUCAUUCCUGGACACGUGGCUCUCCUCAGUCAUCGUUCCUCGAAUUAUUUUAAACUUCGUUCCUGCCAGCAAGGCUAUCCCGUUUGGUGGCUGUGUGGCUCAGCUGUAUUUCUUUCACUUCCUGGGCAGCACCCAGUGCUUCCUCUACACCUUGAUGGCCUAUGACAGGUACCUGGCAAUAUGUCAGCCCCUGCGCUACCCAGUGCUCAUGAAUGGGAGGUUAUGCACAGUCCUUGUGGCUGGAGCUUGGGUCGCCGGCUCCAUUCACGGGUCUAUCCAGGCCACCCUGACCUUCCGCCUGCCCUACUGUGGGCCCAACCAGGUAGAUUACUUUUUCUGUGACAUUCCUGCAGUAUUGAGACUGGCCUGUGCUGACACAACUGUCAAUGAGCUUGUGACUUUUGUGGACAUUGGGAUAGUGGCUACCAGUUGCUUCAUGUUAAUUCUACUUUCCUAUGCCAACAUAGUCCAUGCCAUCCUGAAGAUACGAACCGCUGAUGGGAGGCGCCGGGCCUUCUCCACCUGUGGAUCCCACCUAACUGUGGUCACAGUCUACUAUGUUCCCUGUAUUUUCAUCUACCUCAGGCCGGGCUCCAAGAGCCCCCUGGAUGGGGCAGUGGCUGUGUUUUACACUGUUGUCAUUCCAUUCCUGAACCCCCUCAUCUACACACUGAGGAACCAGGAAGUGAAGUCCGCCCUGAAGAGGAUGACAGCAGGUCGAGGGACUGAAUGA